GUAAAAUAAUGGAUAUUUGUACCACUAAACAAGAAAAUAAUAAAAAAAAGAUUGAUUCAUUAGAACUUCAAAUACAUCCAACAGAAUUUGUUAAAGAAAUUGUAAUGAGUUGCAAUGAGACAAAUUCAAAAUUUUGUGAAAAUCAAGAUAAUCAUGUUGAAAUAUCUACAAAUCAUUUUGAUAAAGAUACAUUUAAAAAACCAGUUAUUAUUGGUCCGAGAAAAGGUUACCCAAUAAAAUUGAAAACUUUAUCAGAUAAUAUUUUAAAUAAAGUAUUUCAACCUAAAGAACAGCAAUCUAAUACUAAAAUAAACAAUAUUAAGAUAAAUUCAACAAAAAAACCUGAUAAUUUUAAGUGCCCACUUAAAGUCCAAAAAGAAAAAGAACUAUCAUUAUUAUAUAAAGAACCUUUAUGGAGUGGAAAAUUACAAGAAACAUAUAAAUUAGAAGUUUUGAAAUCAGGUAUAAUAUUAGAAACAAUAGAUUUAUCAGAAAAAAAUUAUUAUGUUAUCGGACGACUACCAGCAUGUGAUAUUUCAAUGGCACAUCCAACAAUAUCUCGUUAUCAUGCUAUUUUACAAUUUAGAAUAGCUGAUGAUGAGACAAAUAGAAAAGGAAUAUAUCUUUAUGAUUUAGCUAGUACACAUGGAACUUUUUGGAAUGGAAACCGUAUAAAACCUAAAUUUUAUGUUCACGUUCAAGGGGGACAUAUACUUCAAUUUGGGUGCAGUCAAAGAAAAUUUAUCAUACAAGCACCAUUGGAUGAUCAACAAGAAGAAUCAGAGUAUUCUCUUACUGAAUUAAAAGAAAAAAAGAUAUUAAAACAGAAGGAUACAUUGGAAAACAAACAAUUAUUAGAAGAGGUUGUAAAUGAAAGUGUUAACAAAGAAGAUGUAGCUGAAGGAAUUAAUUGGGGAAUGAGUGAAGAUGCUGAUGAAGAAACUGAUUUAACUGAAAAUCCUUAUGCACAAACAAAUAAUGAAGAAUUAUUUAUGUAUGAUCCAAAAAAAUCAUUACGUGGUUGGUUUGAAAGAGAAGGGUUUGAUUUAAAUUAUCAAACAGAAGAAAAAGGUAUAGGAAGAUUUUUAUGUUAUGUUGAUAUACCUAUAGAUCCAUAUCUACAAAGAACAAUUAGAGCAGAAGCACUUGUAAUUGGGAAGAAAAAAGAAGCAAUUGUUCAAUGUGCUUUGGAAGCAUGUAGAAUAUUGGAUAGGUAUGGACUCCUAAGGCAGGCAAAUCAUGAAAAUAGAAAAAAAAAAUCUCGAAAUUGGGAAGAAGUGGAUUAUUAUGACUCAGAUGAAGAUAAUUUCUUAGAUAGAACUGGAAUAAUAGAAAAAAAACGGGAAAGAAGAAUGAGACUAGCAGGAAAGCUUGUUUCAAAAGUUGAAACAUAUAACUCAUUGUUUCAGAAACAUUCAACAGUUGUCAAGAAAAUUGAGUCUUUAAAAAAUGCAAUUUCUUUACAAAAAAUAAAACAAAAUGAAAUAUGUAACUCAAAUGUAGAUGCUUUAGAUGCGUAUAUGUCAAUUUUAGAAUCAACAUCAUACAAUAAAACAGAAAUCAAGAAAAUGAAAAUGGAGCUUCAGAAUUUACGAAAAGAAGAGAUGCAAUUAUUAAAACUAAUAAAUUUAACGAAGCCAGCAAAUUUACCCCUUUUGAAGCCACGUGUAUUAAAUAUGAUAAAUAAAUCAAAACAUGAUUUUAAAACAUUAAAAUCUACUAUUGAUCAACAAACGAAUUACAAAUUUUCAGAAAAGAAAUUAAAAACAGCAUCAAAACAAUUAUUUCAAGAUCAUAACAUAAGUAAGCAUGAAAAUUUAAAAAAUUUAAAUAAAGUCAAAGACUUAGAAAAAUUUCAAGAAAAUGAAACAAUCAAAUUCGAAAUAAAUAUUCAAGAUUUUUGCUUGCAAAAUAUAAAUACAGAAUUUGUAAAGUUACCAAAAAUUAGUAUAAAUCAAGAUCUUGAAGAAAACACAGAAAUUGAGAAAAUUAAUUUAAAAAAAAAAAAUGUAUAUACAAAACAAUAUCAUCAAAGGACAGAAAAUUCGAAUUUAUAUCUAGAUGAUUAUAAUAAAACGAAGUUCAGAGAAGAUUAUAGUAUGUGGCUUCCUCCAGAAAAUCAGUGUGGGGAUGGGAAAACUAUUCUAAAUGAAAAAUUCGGAUAUUAAACAUAUAUAAUUAAGGUUCAAUAAUUUGUGCACUAGAAUAUUUAGUAUCUAUUGAACUGAUGGUGUUUAGCUUAAUAAGAAUUCAUUCUAUAAAAAAUGUUAAUAUAAAAAAUUCCAAUUAAACAAAAAGUUUUAUAUGAAUCU